AUGAGAAAAUGUCUCCAAAUCACGACGUUGAUUGUCACAACACUCGCCUCCGCGGCAGUCAGUCUAGUCAUGAUGCACUUUUCUUGUUAUGCCACUGUGUGCCCUGAAGAUUACUUCUCGUAUGAGACACGUCUCCAUGUCAUUAUUUAUUAUGGCUUUCUAUCACUUACUCUUUGUCUCUUUGCCCUUCGUUCGUACAGUCCUGCUGUCCGGUCGUUUACUAAUCUUCAGCCGCUAGCUGAGGUUCCUCUCGUGGGCAAUCGGUUUACUCUCGGAGGGACUCUCAUGUGCAUAUGGAUACUGGUCAUGACUAUCGGUCCGACCGUAUACUGGUUCCCAACCCAGUGGGAUUUCUGGGGAGUUCGCAUCGACCGUCUGAACUGGGUAUCCGCCAAGAUGCAGCUCACCAUUACGGGUGUAACUGGACAUUAUGCGGAUGUCCUUCUUGGCCUUCUGAUCAUACCUGUGUCGAGAAAUAGCCUUGUUGGGCAGGCAUUCUUUGUUUAUGCUACAGAUGGUAGCAGCGAAGGAGACCUAGCCAAAGAAGAGGCUUUGGCAACAGGAAAUCCAACAAUGACCUUAUCAAAGAGCAAAAAACGAAGCUCCUGGUUUGUGCAGACCACAUACACUGGAAUCGCCGCCUUCCUGCCGAUCUUAGCUGUUCUCGUCACUUCAUUCCUAUACAUUCGUCGUCAAAAUUACAACUUAUUUUACUAUGUUCAUGUCAUUUGCGGCAUCAUAGUUUUUGUUGCUUCCUGUAUCCAUGCCAGUACCGACUUCUAUCUUCUUCUCCCUGGCUUGUUGUUAUGGAUAGGGGAUUGGUUGAGGAGAGUAUUCAUUGGGGAAACCAAUGGAUUGAGUACAAAGACUGUCGCCGAACUCGAGAAUGCAGGCGGUGGCUGGACCAGAAUUUCGCUUCCUGCGGUCAGCAGGUUCCAAAUUCAUGCUUUCACGGCUGCCGUUUCGGCUUCCGCUAGUCAUGGGCCCAGCUUCCUGCUUCAACGAGUUAGCGGCAAACCUCAAAAGAGGCUGGACAAAGAUUGGACUUGGAAGUUAGGGGCUUUGGUACCCAAUGUCCAAGACAGCCGAGAUCUGGAAGUCCGACUCGAGGGACCUUAUCGCAUCAACGAUGUCGGCUACAUCAAUGCAUCCCACAUAGUGUGCGUUGUUGGCGGGACAGGUGUUACGGAGCUCUAA